AAAUUGCCAGUUGUCACUGCACCUGUUGGAAGACAGUGUCUUGUAAGCAGAGUAAAAGUUGCAGACCCCUGCUGAGGAACUCUUUAUAUCCGCCACAUUUUUCUCUUGCCAAAAGUAGUGUUUAUCUCUGAAUUUUACUGUUUUUUAGUAUUCAUGUAGGAUUAUAUAUUAUAAUUGAUGUGAUCACUUAUACAGAAUGGUUGAUCCCACACCCUUAAAACACUCUUACUCUUUACCUUUGCUUUCCCCACAGGGACCUUAAAGGUUAAGAUGUCACCAAAUAGUAUCUCUUUGAAAAUGCCACAUAUUUGCUCAUUGCCUAGGUUCUUCUUUGUCCACAGUUCAGUUUUGACACUAGACUCCUAUUUUGUUGCCUCUCAGGGAGAUUUCUGCAACUGUUGGCUCCAACAAAGACAUUCUUGGCUACCUGCUUCUAACUGAAUAUCCAGGAGCACUGCAGGGGUGGGCGUGGGGAUAGCUGUCAGCAGCUUCUGUGGGUGUGUCCCAGGGUACUCUGCAGGGUGCAGGUUCUCAGUGAGGUCAUGACUGUUCCUCUGAGAGCCAUAGCUGUUUGAUCAAACAAGCUGAAUGAAUACAGGACAAAGGAAUUGGUUUCCCUGUAUUUUUAUUAAGUGUUGAUGAGGGGUUGUAAGCACAGCUCACUCCUGUGUGGAUCUGCAGUCACUGAGUUCCCAAUGCCUUAGAGUUUUACAUAGAAAGGUGAGUGUUAAAAUAUUGAUAAGAGUAUUUGGUAAUCUUGUGUGCUACAUGUUCUAAUUUAGUUACAUUUUUAUUAUUUUUAUUAUAAGGCCUGCUGAAAAUGACUGAGUAUAAACUUGUGGUAGUUGGAGCUGGUGGCGUAGGCAAGAGUGCCUUGACGAUACAGCUAAUUCAGAAUCACUUUGUGGACGAAUAUGAUCCUACAAUAGAGGAUUCCUACAGGAAACAAGUAGUAAUUGAUGGAGAAACCUGUCUCUUGGAUAUUCUCGACACAGCAGGUCAAGAGGAGUACAGUGCAAUGAGGGACCAGUACAUGAGGACUGGGGAGGGCUUUCUUUGUGUAUUUGCCAUAAAUAAUACUAAAUCAUUUGAAGAUAUUCACCAUUAUAGAGAACAAAUUAAAAGAGUAAAAGACUCUGAAGAUGUGCCUAUGGUCCUAGUAGGGAAUAAAUGUGAUUUGCCUUCUAGAACAGUAGACACAAAACAGGCUCAUGACUUAGCAAGAAGUUAUGGGAUCCCAUUCAUCGAAACCUCAGCAAAGACAAGACAGAGAGUGGAGGAUGCUUUUUAUACAUUGGUGAGAGAGAUCCGACAGUACAGAUUGAAAAAAAUCAGCAAAGAAGAAAAGACUCCUGGCUGUGUGAAAAUUAAAAAAUGCAUUAUAAUGGGUGUUGAUGAUGCCUUCUACACAUUAGUCCGAGAAAUUCGAAGACAUAAAGAAAAGAUGAGCAAAGAUGGUAAAAAGAAGAAAAAGAAGUCAAAGACAAAGUGUAUAAUUAUGUAAAUACAAUUUGUACUGUUUUCUUAAGGCAUACUUAAGUAAAGGUGGUAAUUUUUGUACAUUACACUAAAUUAUUAGCAUUUGUUUUAGCAUUACCUAAUUCUUUUUUUCCCCUGUCUGUGCAAACUGUCAGCUUUUAUCUUAAAUGCUUAUUUUAAAAUGACAGUGGAAACCUCUUUAUUCCAAGUGCCAGUAUUCCCUGGGUUUUGAACUUAAACUAGCAAUGCCUGUGGAAGAGACAAAGACCUGAGACUCUGUCUUGGGUUCUGGUGCAUGCCCUUGAUUCCUUGCUAAUUCUUUUACCAGCUGUGAACGUUGGUGUGAACCAGAGUAAUGAAGCUUUUGAGCCAUCCCUGCUCUGUGUUUGAUCUAGUCACAGAAUGAAUUACUUAGUAAUUACAGCUUCAUCUGAGACCAUAUGACUGGUUCUGCUAAGACUGAGGGAUCACAGAUUCAUGGGCUUCCCUUUGAUUCACUUCUAGCAUGUCCAGAGUCUAUCAUGCUUCGUAAGUGUAGUUAGUUAGAUUGUUCACAAAGGCUUUCUCUUGCUUUCUACUGCUAUUAGUCAUGGUCACGCCCCAAAAUAGUAUAUUUUUUCUAGAAAAGGGGGAAAA